AGUAUUCACUUGCCUUUGCCUUUUCCAGCGCAUUACCAACAAGAAUCCAGAUCAAUCAACAUGGUGUCUUUCGAAGAAGCUACUGAACUCGCCAAGAAGUUCACCAAGAAGCCCACCGAUGCCGAAUUCCUGGAGUUCUACGGUCUCUUCAAGCAGGCCACCGUUGGCGAUGUGAACAUCGAGAAGCCCGGCGCUCUGGAUCUGAAGGGCAAGGCCAAGUUCGAGGCCUGGAACUCCAACAAGGGCCUGUCCAAGGAGGCCGCCAAGGAGGCCUACAUCAAGGUGUACGAGAAGUAUGCCCCCAAGUACGCCUAAAAUGGUUACCCCUCCCCAGCGGAAGUCGACCCCCCAUGUACUUGCCACUACUUAGUAGAGCAAUAAAGAUUAACCCAGAUAUGAACACAUA